CGCGCCGCCCUGGGCAUUGUUCUCCAGUCGCCCGGGUGGCGGGUGGGAGGCGAGGAACGCCGGGGUUCACGAGCCUGGCUUCCCGGCAGGCCGGCGCCCUUCGCCCCGGGACCAGGGGCCGGCCGCGCGUCGGGGCGGGAGCAGCGCGCCUGGUCGCGGCGCCUCGCGCUCCCUCCGGCCGCGGCGGCGCCAUGGGCUCGCGCAGCUCCCACGCCGCGCGCAUUCCCGACGGCGACAGCAUCCGGCGCGAGACGGGCUUCUCUCAGGCCAGUCUGCUUCGCCUCUACCACCGGUUUCGGGCCCUGGACAGGAACAAGAAGGGCUACCUGAGCCGCAUGGAUCUGCAGCAGAUUGGGGCGCUGGCCGUGAACCCCUUGGGAGACCGCAUUAUAGACAGCUUCUUCCCUGAUGGGAGUCUGCAAGUGGAUUUCCCAGGCUUUGUCAGAGUCAUGGCUCAUUUUCGACCUGUGGAUGAUGAGGAUGCAGCACUCCGGGACCCCAAGGAACCUGAACCCCUCAACAGCAGAAUGAACAAACUUCACUUUGCAUUUCAACUCUAUGACCUGGAUAGAGAUGGAAAGAUCUCCAGGCUCGAGAUGCUACAGGUGCUCCGGCUGAUGGUCGGGGUACAGGUGACAGAAGAGCAGUUGGAGAGCAUCGCCGACCGCACGGUGCAGGAGGCUGACGAAGAUGGAGAUGGGGCUGUGUCCUUCCUGGAGUUUGCCAAGUCCUUAGAGAAGAUGGACGUCGAGCGGAAAAUGAGCAUCCGGAUCCUGAAGUGACCCCCUUUGUGCCUUUGGCUAGCUUACCCAGACCAGUUCUGCUUGGGAUUCAUCCAUAGCCCCGUGGAGGCACUGCCCCAAUAAACUGUGUUCUUACUUUUA